AUGGAAAUUGAUGAGCAAAACACACCAGCCUUCACUUCUUCACAAAUUGAAGACUCGCCGACGAUCUCACAAACACUUAAAAAAAUCAAGAAUACAUAUCAAGGAGUAAUAUCACGAGAAUGGAUGUCACCUGUGCUUCCAAUGUUGCCUUCAAUGGUUGAAGUCCAGGAACACCUAAACAAAAUUGAUAUCAACAUAACACUCCCAUUAAUGGAUGACCAAUACUUGACACCUGCUAUAAAAUUGCUCAGGACCCACUUCUAUUUUGAUAAACUCCCUUCAACCUUUAUUAUCGAAAAAGAGUCACCUGACCUAGGAUUGAUCCUUCUCCCAUGCCUUUUUUAA